CAUUCAUAAGAUGCUAGCUGCUAGGAGUGGUAGAGGUUCAGUCGCUCGCACCUCACGUGGACCGUUCAUCAAAACCGCCACAACCUGUGGAGUCAGGUCAGUGUCAAGUGUAAUCCGAUUAAAGGAUGGAGUGAAUUAAAUUCAAGGACAAAGGGAUCAGAUAUACACAAAUUUGCCAAAGCAAGAGCAAUUAUGCGCGUCAAGGGGUUCCUCUGUGUUUCGAUUCUGUGGCUUUUCGAUUUUGGAACGGCUUCCAGGACACCGCUCAUCGUCUUCCAGCAUGAGAUAAUCAACUACGCUUCUGAGGACAUCAUCCAUAAACUGAUAUCCCAGACGGCCACCCUGCCAGAAUACCAUUACCACCAUCACCACUACGGAGCCAAAAUCGGCAAACAUAUCAGGACUCUUUAUCAAACAGGGAACUCAGAGAAGGACCUGCCGGAAUGCGAACCUUGGGCGGUGUGCAGCAAAGUCGACGUCUACGAUACACCCUGGCUUGAGAGACAGUGCCGAUGUCCGAACCACCAGAAAUGCCCCGGACUCGUCACGCCCAACGACGGCCACACGAUCACAGACAAAACGAGGCAAUUUAAACUUUGCGAGCCGGUGAAAAAUCUGCCGACCUGCGGCUACUUCAGGGACGUCACCUGGACCCUGACGAGCGGUCCUGACAACAUAACGUCGCAGGUAGUCCAUUGUCAUUGCCCCAAGGGUGCUAUAGCGUACCUUAUCAAGAGGCAACCUUAUCAAACCAGGCAUGGUCAAAUAGGCUACCACUAUUCCUUCGCCUGCUCACCACAAAGUAAUCUAAGGUGUCAGCGCAAAGAGCCUUGCCGUUUGUUUUCGGUGAGGAAAAGGUCGAAGCUUUUGGAUGAGGUGAACACCAACACUUUGUGCCAGUGUCCUCACAACCAUCACUGCCCCAAACAUCACACACACCCGGGUGUGCUUCAGGGGAAGAGCUACGUCGAGGAAAGCAUACGAACUUAUAGCGCGUACUGCUUAAAUUGAAAGACGUUUGUGAAUAGUGUACAGACCCAAUCAAAGACAUUUUAAAAAAUAAUUUAUUUUCGUCUUUUUCUCUCUUUUUUUAAUGAUUAAAUCAUUGACACAUCUACUAUGUCUACGUUAAUACUACUUUAAAACUUAAGUUAUGCAUAAAAAAGAAAAAAAACAUGUAAUUACAACUUUUUACUCAGUUUAAUUCACUGGUUUUCAAUCGCUGUGUUUAUUUGUUAUACUGUUGCUUGUAAAUUCAAUUCAUUACAUCAUAGUAGUUAUAUUAGGACAGCCACUUUAUUGAAUUUGUUUGUUUAAUAAAUCAGAAAAUUAUAAUUUGUUAUAAUGAUGGUGGCUAUGUGAAAUUUAACAUUGAGCUCAUACUGCUCCUUUCUUUUCAGAUAAAAACCUAUGGGAAAUAAUUGGUAUAUUUAAAAAAAUAGUAUUUAAUAUAGUACAAUUAAAGAUUACACAAUGAUCUUGCAAGGUUUGUACCUGAUCAUGUAAAGCAAACUUGUAUUUCCUAUUAUUAUAACAUUAGGUACUAGAAGUUUAUGAGUCAAAUAUUAUGUAAAAAAUGUAUUUUUGUACAUAGUAAGUAUGAUAAAUCUCCUAUGGACCUUUGGUUGAUAUAUCUUUUGAGCUCAAUGAGUUUGAAAUGUAUAUUUCUGUAAUAACGUUUAAUUUCUCGACAUGGUACAUAGUACUCGGCAUGUUUAUAUAGUUUUUGUGUUUAAUAAAUUAUUCUUUUUAAAAAAUGUGUUGUAAAAACUGGUAUUUGUUAAAUUUAAGGUUACCACUAUAAUCACGUAUGAGCUUUAAUACAUAAUAUAUGAUUAUAUGAAUAAAUAUUUUUAUCUUUA